UGCUUCAGGGAGAACUGGUGGAGAAACCACUGAGAACCAUGUUGACAGAUCUGGAGAACUCCUUGAACACCUUGAUUGAUGUCUUCCACAAGUAUUCCCUGCUGAAAGGGAAUAAUCAUGCUGUUGACAAGAAUGACUUCAAGAAAUUGAUAGAUACUGAGUGUCCUAAGUACACCAAGGGCAAGGACUCCAACACCUGGUUUAAAGAGUUGGAUAUCAAUAGUGAUGGCGCAGUUAACUUUGAGGAGUACCUCAUACUGCUGGUAAAGAUCGGCGUGAUUGCCCACAAACAAUCCCACGAGUAGCAGAGGGACUAUGCCUUAGGGAUGGACUCCCAUAUAAACCUCUGUAAAAUA